GCGGUUUCUCCUUCCUCCUUCCUCCUCGCCCAAAUUGACGAAAUCGACGACGCGCCUGCCCAAAUCCGCCUCGCCGCAGUUCAAAUCGGUGCUCUCAGGAGUGGUUAGGCGUCGCGGGGUGAUCGGCGCUUCGAGUUGCUCUCCCGCGCGGCUCGUCGGCCGUUGGGGGAGCUGCUCUCGCAAGCGAGAUCGGUGGGCCGCGUAGAGCGGUAGUUACGACGAAGGAGACGAAGCGAGACGGGAGUCGUUCUGUGCGGGCGGUGGCGAAGGAAGGAAGCGGUUCAUCGACGUGAAGGCAAACAUGGCUGGUCCGUCAAGCAAAAAGCGUGAUCAACUGGAGUCAACAUCGUCGCAGCACGAUAGGGUCCCAUCUCCUGCAUCUGAAGUCCGAGUGGAGAAGAGCAAGCUAUUAACCGAACAAUUGUUUACGAGCGGAAGCGGCAAAAGCGUGUAGUAAACCGAGGGAAGCGGCCUCCUAGCACCAGCAGUAAUGAGGAUGCUCCAUUCGAAGGUGUGAAUGAGGGGGAUGUUUCUCGAGAGCAACAACCAAAGAAGAAGCGUCGUAAAGUUGCUGACACUGAGGGUCCCAGGAACAGGUCAUCACCUGCAAGGCUUUUCAAGUUAAACAAGGACCUUGUUGAUGACCAAAAGAUUGUUAUCAGAGACAUAGAGUUUGGUGGCUUGUUGGAUAUAAAAGCCACUAGCAUGCCAGGGGAUCUCAGUCAGUGGAUCAUGAAACACUAUGACCCAGAGAUGUCUCAAAUAGUUAUACCUGACAGGGGCAAGAUCUCAGUUGAUGCAGAAAGUGUUCACAGGAUAUGGGGCUUGCCAAACAAAGGGAGGAAAGUCUGCUUCGAAAUGAAUCCCGAUGUCAUAAGGGAAUUCAACAGCAUCUACAAUAUUGAGGGAAAAAACUCUCCUACGCUGACAUCGUGGUGCAAAAUGAUUGAAAAUAUGAACAGGGCUGCUGAUGAUGAUUUUCUCCGUGCUUGGCUGGCAGUUGCCUUUUCUUGUUUCCUUGCUCCAACAACAAGCUUGAGCAUUUUGCCAAGGUGUUUCCCCGCUAUCUUGAACACAAAUGUCAUCAAAGACUCGAAGAUAUGCGACUUUGUUGUUGAUCAACUAAGGCUAGCAUUCAUGGGGUUUGGGGAGAAGAAGAAAGCGGUUUGCUGCUAUGUCUUCCACCUAGUAAUACUAUACCUUGAUUCAUUGGAGGUAGAUGAGCCAAUUCCUAGCAUGCUGCCCAGGGCGGCCAUUUGGAAUGAUGAUCUCAUAACCAAAGUCAUGAAGAAAGACAAGAAAGGGCCAGGCGUGUAUGGAAAGUUGCGUCUCAAGACAGAAUUUUCCCGAUGCGCAAAAGACAGCUUGUUUGGCAGCAUGGAUCACAUCACAAAAUUUGUUGCAGCCAGGCUCCCACAAAGCUACAACAAAACUAAACAAAAGAGGCUGACAGAGAUGGUUCAUGAGAUGUGCACUGAAAUGUCACAUGCUGUUGGGAAGCUGGUAGUUGGAGUAGGCAAGCUUGAUGACGGCGAAGCAACGACAAGCAUAGAUGCACGCUGUACAAUGUGGGCAACGUCUCAAAGGGGCAGUAAGAAGGGGAAAUCCAUCCCAAAAGUGAUUGAGCACAGCUCUACCAAGGAUGAAGAGUCAUACGAGUCUGAUAGCGAGAGUGAUGAGGACGAACCGGCUGAAGACAGCGAAACCGAAUCGGACAAUGAUGACUCAGGUCGCAGCGAAGAUGAUGAGGACCCACAAACAGGAAAUACUAACACCAAUACAGUUGAAGAAGAUGAUGAUCUGGAGGAGGACCAGGGAGCGGGUGAUAAAAAACAUGCUGAUGACGAUCAGGGGAAGGGGGACGGUGAGACCAGCUCAGAUGGAGGUAAUGGAAGCCACCCCACUGAAGAGGUGCACAGUGAGGAGGGAUCUGAAAAGGCUGGAACGGAGAAGGAUGAUCAAGAACAACCGAAUGAAGAUGAUGAUCGGGACGAUCGGGACAAGGACAAUGACCAAACAAGUGAAAAGAGAGGGGGUAAUAGGAAAGGGAAUGACGAAGACGAUGAGGACAGGGGUGGAGGUCACAACACCGGAGCAGGUACCCCGGGCGGUAAUUCUGCAGAAGAUGAGCCGGCAGCAAGUUCAGGUAGCACCAACGAAGGCGAUUGCUCUAUAGACUUCUUCAUUCAAGAGCAUGGCAGCAAAGCAAAAGGGGCAGAUGACCCAAAAAGUAUAUCUCUUAUAGACAUUGUUAUGAUGGAGUUCAACAAGCAAUGGAAACCGCUAGAAGGCGAGAAGCUUGAUCUGCCGAAAGUUUAUGACGGACGAACACCUGCUUCAUAUAGCAACAUGAUAUUCCAAAGCAUUCUGGAGGACGAGAACAUGCAAAUGGCAUGCACUUUCAACAUGGAAGAGUUAUGCCCACUACACACACAGGAGGAGCUUAUGCAAGAAAUUUGUGGAUUCCAUGCCCCGAUAGCAAAAAGAAAAGAAGAACCAAAAAGGCAUAUGCCCCCACUACCACCAAGGAAGAAAAAGAGGGUAUCAUUCAACUUGGCGCCAAUUGAAGCUGGAGCAUUCGAGCCAAGACAUGAAACUAGGCAGCUUGUUUCAUCACUCAAGCAUAAACAACAAACUGAAAAAGUUAACCGAGUCAAGCUGAAAGAUGGAGCAAGUGAGGUGAAAGUUGGGGCAACUUGUAUGGGAGCUAAGGCAGUACGAAGAACAACUGAAGCACCAAUUGCUGACGCUCCAAUUUUUAGAGAAAAGGGAACAGUGCGGCCCUUAGGAACCACAUGUAAGCAAGGAUUAGCUAAUGAAAAGCUUAAGAAGGAACCGAAUGAUAAAACCAAGGGAGCAAGUGAGCUGAAAGAUGGAGCAAGUGAGCUGAAAGUUGGGGCAACUUGUAUGGGAGUUAACAAGCAAGCAAGUUUUUGUGCAAAGUUGCCCAAAGUUGAUCUCAAUUUGCCUGUAGCCUGUCCAAAAAACACAUGCCCACCAUUUACUGAUUUUAGAGAAGCAAGCUCACAUGCAACCUUUGUACAGAAUGAUCCCAAGCCCCCUGGCAAGCUGAGGCACAAUGACAGCAAGCUGGCUGCAACAUUGCCAAAUUUCACGAGUCAGACAAAUAAUGCAGUGAGGCAGGCAAGUCCACUUGAAAACUUGCCAUAGACUGAUGCCAAGCUACCUGUACCAGUACUACCUUUUCUUAGACAUCCAUUCACUACAAUUAGUCAAGGGAGCUGCCCUGAGAUGAUCACCAAGGAUGCCAAGUUACAUGUAACAAGCCCCCAACUUGAUAGACAGCCUACAACUCAUCUCAAACCAUCCAAGUCAGUCGCAAAUUUGCUCAAGACUAAUCUCAUGCUACCUACAGGGAGCUAGCAAGUUGUUGGGAAUCCAAACACCGACAUGAAACAACCAGUUCCAGUACCAGAGUCGCCCAAGGUUGAUACCAAGGUGCCUGCGAUGAGCUCCAAAUUCAUCAGACCUCCUACAAAGGAUGCAAAUAAGGAAAACUGUCCACCGGAGACACACCAGGAGCACUCCAAUGACACACUAAACAUAGAUGAGAUAUUAGCAAGAUGUGUUGUUCCAACCAAUAAAGAAAUCAAC